UGACCAUUCACAGGGAGAAGGUGAAUCCAGCGUCUGGGGGACUCCUCUGUCUGUCUGCUGGUGCUGGCAACCUGAUCGACUAGCAUCACCAACGCCCAUAAAGUGGCAAUAUACAGGAAAUAGACCUAGCUGCUAGAAGAAGAGCCGUCUUUUUCCGCUACAUCCGACCGGCACGAUUGUUUCACUGCAGUUGUAGUGAUUUGGAGUGAAGCCUAUUGUAUAACGUUAUCAGUUAUAGUUGUCUGAUGCAUAACGUCAACUGUACAAGUUAGCUGCUUUAUUACUGUGUAGCUAGCUCUCUCUGAUUUGGACCGAUACAACGUUGACUUUGUCCUUUUUUGGCUGCUGUCUAACGUUAUACGAAAAAUGGCAACCCAAAUCGAUAAAGAGGCUUGCAGAGAGGCUUACAACCAAGUCAGAGACGAUAACACGGACACCAACUGGGCUGCUUUUAAAUAUGACGGCUCUAUGAUCCUGCCUGCAGGACAAGGGACUGACUAUGAGGACUUCAAGAGCAUGUGCACAGAUGACUCUCGUCUGUUUGGUUUUGUCCGGAUCACGACGGGAGACGCCAUGAGCAAACGGGCCAAGUUCACUCUCAUCACCUGGAUUGGUGAGAACGUCGGUGGGCUGCAGCGCGCCAAGAUCAGCACCGACAAAGCGCUGGUCAAAGAGAUUGUGCAGAACUUUGCCAAGGAGUUCACGUUUAGUGAGCUGAGGGAACUGGAUGCAGACAACAUCCGCACAGAGCUGAAGAAGGCUGGUGGAGCCAACUACGAUGCUCAGGCAGAGUAGAGAAGUGCCAUGGUCCACUGGAAGGGUUGGGGUUGGGGUUAGGGGUGUCGGGUGUGAUUAGGGUGGGGUAUUUUGGAGUAAGUGGGAGAAGGGGGGGUUUGGGCAGGGCUGCUACCUCUUGGAGAGAGGGCAGGGUACGAUGGAGAAAAAGGGAAAUUCUCACAUAAACAAAGCAGAGCUUCACCAAGAGCAGUUUGUAGAACCAGUGUAAGCCUUUCAAAUACUGAUCAAUUAAAAAUGCCCAAUAAUGGUUUAUUAGAAAUCAGAACAUUCUUUUUCCCCCCACUAGUUUAACAGCUAUUAAUUUACUCUCAACAACAGUUUCAGAGUAGAUAAAAACACAUGUAGUUACUGAGUGAACUGGGACAGUUCCAAGGAGUUCAGAUGCUAUUGGUGCACCUCAAAAAUUAUAACAUUGGCAUUAGGGUGUGUUUAUAUGCUUGAUUUUCAAAAAGUGUGCGUGAGCUGAAUCUUUCACAUGCUUGUUUGCAUCGGUUUGUGCAUGUGGAAGAUUAAAAAGUACAUUCCCAGUACAUCUGGGGGCAGAUCAGGACCAAUUUAUCCUUAUCCUUGGGUGAAUAUCCUCCAAGAGACUUUGCACACAUAAAGAAACCUUGACAAGAUGAAACUCAAGGACGUUAAUGUGUUGUUAAAAGAAUACUUCAGGAAAUUCUUGCUUAGCUAAGCUAAGUGGCUGCUGGCUAUAGCUUCGUAUUGAACAGAGGGAUAUGAGAGUGGUAUCGACCUUCUCAUCUACCUAAAAUAAACAAGAAUGCAAAAAAAGCACACUUCCCAAAAUGUCAAACAGUCCCUUUAAGGCCUGGAUCUAGUCCAGAAAUGGACUGACGGUGGGCAUUGAUGUGGCCUGUUACUAUACUGGGUGUCUGCAUACACUGAAGUGUCUACACUGGCAGUGAUUUCUGAGGAUACGCACAAUCAACACAAACGUAGACUGUGCAAAGUAGCCAUCAUGCACACACAGAUGCAUAGUUAAAAGCAAGCAUAUAAGCACUCAUAAAGAUCACAAACUGCCCUCUCUUCUCCUAGCCUCUGCCCUCUCCCCAGUCAGCUCAUGGUUGGUUAUCUACUGUGCUGUGCAUCAACAUCUCACGCUCAUCUUCAUCUCAGCUGGGCUGCAGUUGAGCAAUAGGAAGUUACAUCAAGGCUUCAGCACUGUUUGCACGGAAUAAUGUCAUGUAAUGAGGAUGGAGAAAAAAAAACUAAGGGUUUCACUUCAAAACUGCUCAUCACGGGUCAUGUUGUAAGAAGGAGUUUGCUGACGAGAAUACCAUUUUGAAAUGAACCUCUUUACUUGCAGGCAUGUGUUUAACACCAGAGCAUGCUCUUAGUCAUGAUACACUGUACCUCCAGGAGGAAAUGAUCUCCAUUGUCUAACAAUAUCCUUGGUAAUGGUUGCUGGCUUGCUUUGAGUAAUCUUGAGUCAUACUGCUAAGUACACAUUAAACCACCUCUUCAUCUCCAGCCAGACAGCUGUGUUUGGAUUACAGCCUCAAGUUAACCAUUACAUCUUACCCUGAGACAGACUGUAAUUCACCCUGCUGUCUUUAUAAUUGUGCUCUGUGCUGUGAAUCCCUUUUAUCAUAUGUCUAAACAUGUCUUUUUGUGAGUGGGAUUAUUUCUGAACCUUAUUUAGAUCUACUUUUUACUUUCUCCUUCCAGUUUUUGCUAGACAUGAUCAAUAACUAAUAACUGGGGCAGUAACUGUAGAAGAGUACAUGGAAAAGAUUUCUUGGUCGAUCUUGGUCUUACAGGAGGCUUUCUACCUGUAGAUAUUAUGGCGUAGAAAUACAGAGAAACAACUAAUAUAUUGAACCCUAAGCAGCACCUCUGUUUCCCAAAAUCAGAAAAGGAUUCUGAGAAUGGAGAUCUUUUCCUCUGGUGUUUCAUCUCACGGUCUACCACUUAAAGGUAUCCAUGCCUACUAUAACCUACUGUGUUUGACUGCCUUAGCCUCCCAGGGAGAGAGGGGCAUCAUGGGAGCUUGUGAACACUACACUGUGAUUGGCUAUUGCUCUUACAUGGGGGUGGGACUUUGAUCUGCUCAUGGCUCAUCACAACGUGGGCCAGGGCUUAUCGUCCAAACCCAGGAGGAGCCAUUUCUCGGUUGUAGCAUCUCAGUUUAUUUAGUUUCAACCCUCUCUUCCCCCUGCAAAAAAAUAUGUAUGUUUUCUUGUACCUUUUUUUUGUUUUUGAAAUGAAUUUUAUUUUCUCUUAAGAAUUUUACCUUUUGAUUUUAUUUUUAAGAGCAUUGUUAUCUUGGACAUUGGCAGAAGAGAUUUUCAAAAAAAUAAUGAAAAAAAAGAAAAAGAAAGAAAACUGAGUGGGCACAAGAUCAGUCAUUUCAAAAUAAAAAUUGAUGUUUUUUCCAAAAA